CAGGAGUGCAACAGAUGCAACUGUCGCUCUCGGCCCAGCGAAGCGUGCGGGCAAAGUGGGGAGAGGAGGAUUCCGUGACGAGCAAGCACAAGGCAAGUGUGGAAGCGGCUGCAGCUAACACCGGCUCCCUGACUUCACACUCUUCUGGCUGGAUCUUCACCUGCUCCUCGCUACUGAGGGAUUUACCUUCCUAUUUGAGAGGGAUUGUGGUUUUUUUGGGGGGGGAAUUCCUCUGUCCUCGAGCCGAAUCAGGAGUGUCCUUGCGAGCAAGACUUGCAGUCUCCCUCCCAUAGCCAAGAUGUUGCCGAAUCGCCAGCGAAGGUGGUUCUUGCUUUACCCGCUCUGAAGCCCCGCAGUCAGCUUGGCGUGGCGAUGGCGGCCGGAGUGGCGGCGUGGCUGCCCUUUGCCCGGGCUGCUGCCAUAGGAUGGAUGCCAGUGGCCAACUGCCCCAUGCCCCUCGCCCCAGGUGACAAGAAUAAGAAGCAGGACGAACUCAUCAUCCUCAACGUGAGCGGCAGGCGCUUCCAAACUUGGAAAAACACCCUGGAGAGGUUCCCUGACACGUUGCUCGGCAGCAGCGAGAAGGAAUUCUUCUUCCACGAAGAGAGCAAGGAAUAUUUCUUUGACCGGGACCCUGACAUCUUCAGAAACGUGUUGAAUUUUUACAGGACCGGGAAGUUGCACUAUCCGCGGCACGAGUGCAUCUCUGCCUAUGAUGAAGAGUUAGCUUUCUUUGGCAUCAUCCCUGAGAUCAUUGGGGACUGUUGCUACGAAGAGUACAAGGACAGAAAGCGGGAAAAUGCCGAGAGGCUGAUGGAUGACAGUGACUCUGAAAGCAAGGCGGAAGGGAACCUGCCUUCGCGCACCUGCCGUCAAACUAUGUGGAGGGCAUUUGAGAACCCGCACACCAGCACCUUAGCUUUAGUCUUCUAUUAUGUCACUGGCUUCUUCAUUGCCGUCUCGGUGAUCACCAAUGUGGUGGAGACGGUGCCCUGCGGAAUUGGCCCUGGAGAUGUCAAAGACCUGCCCUGUGGAGAGAGAUACGUGGUGGCUUUCUUUUGCUUAGACACUGCCUGUGUCAUGAUCUUCACUGUUGAGUACCUUCUUCGACUUUUUGCAGCUCCUAGCCGCUACAGGUUCAUGAGAAGCGUGAUGAGCAUCAUUGAUGUAGUGGCCAUCAUGCCUUAUUACAUUGGCUUGGUGAUGACCAACAACGAAGACGUGAGUGGAGCCUUCGUGACUCUCCGGGUGUUCAGAGUUUUCCGGAUUUUCAAGUUUUCUCGCCAUUCCCAAGGGCUGAGGAUCCUGGGUUACACCCUGAAGAGUUGUGCCUCAGAACUUGGAUUUCUCUUGUUCUCCCUCACCAUGGCCAUCAUAAUCUUUGCCACUGUGAUGUUCUAUGCUGAGAAAGGGUCAACCCACAGCAAGUUUACAAGCAUUCCCGCCUCUUUCUGGUACACCAUCGUCACCAUGACAACUCUGGGGUAUGGUGACAUGGUACCGAAGACAAUCGCCGGGAAGAUUUUUGGCUCCAUCUGCUCCUUGAGUGGUGUGCUGGUGAUUGCUCUACCUGUGCCAGUCAUUGUCUCCAACUUCAGCAGAAUCUAUCACCAGAACCAGCGAGCAGACAAGCGUCGAGCGCAAAAGAAAGCCAGGCUUGCGAGGAUAAAGAUUGCAAAGACCGGAAAUGCCAACGCCUAUCUUCAAAUCAAACGUAACGGCUUGAUGAACGAAGCACUGGAGCUCACAGACUCGGGUGAUAAGGAGCAGCAGCAAUGCCCCAACAAACCAGGCUCAGCUGUGGCCAGACAACAUCACCAUCUGCUGCACUGCUUAGAGAGGACAACUGGAUUGUCCUACCUGUUGGAUGACCCCCUCUUAUCAGUCCGAACAUCUGCUUCAACAAAGAACCACGAGUUCCUGGAUGAGCCAGUUUACGAACAGAACUGCCUGGAAGGUUCGAUGCAGAAUUGCCCAUCAACUCACAGCCCUUCUCUGUCCUCUGAAUCUGGGACGACGAGUACCUGCUGCUCCCGUCGCAGUAACAAGAAGUCCACUCACCUUCCCAACUCCAGCGUGUCAGCAGCCCAGCUGAGAAACAUGCAGGAACUCAGCACCAUUCACAUCCAGAGUGGAGAGCAGGCCUCCUUCAACACCAGUCGUUCCAGCCUGAAUGAUAAGUCAGAGGAGAGCCUGAGAAUCAACUGCAAGAGUUCCCAAAUCACCACGGCGAUAAUCAGCAUCCCCACACUGCCUGGCACUACACCUGAGGGGGAGAAUCGACCUCCCAUCCCCAAUCAGUCCAGCACCAGCAUGAAAACCACAAGCUGUAAUAUUGUAAAAGUGUCUGCCUUGUAAAAAAAAAUAAUAAUAAUAAAGCCCUGCCCUAGCUCUCAGUCACCUGACAUCCUCAAGAUCGCAUGACACUGGCAACCGCAUGGCAAGGGUGAAAGGGGAAAAUGUGGACGAGACCAAUCCCUAUGAAAAGGGCGAGGGUGAUCUGACAUCACCGCGUUUGCGUCUCAAAGCAAUGGCACAGUUUCAAUCAAA